UGUUUUCAAAUUUUUCCCAAAAAUUACAAAUUGUGAGAUUUCAACGAAAAAUAACAAAAAAACACAGAGAAAACAGAUGUCGAAAAUCAUCAUUUUUAUAUGGCUGUGCCUGUUACUGUAUUGGCUUCUUGAAUAUGUUGACAGUACGAACAUCGAUGAUACUAAAUCGGAGCAUCAUGUGGCGGCAUCAAUUGAUGGAAAGGAAGUAAUUUUGGACAAUGAAAAUGGUAUGGAAACACCGGAACGCAUUAAACGACUUUAUUCAGACAAAUUGCUCGACUCUUUCAAUAAACUUAAAACGACAUUUGAAAAAUCCUUAUCGGAUAAGUUGGAGAGUCCAGUGUUGGGAGCUGUUCAGAGCAGCUCGAUAUUACAAGGCAAAUCAAAACUAUCAUCAUUGUUGGAUACAUAUAAAUCUUCGAUUAGUACUGGUUUAUCGAAAGGGAUUAGUUUGGCGCCAUUAACAAGUAUUCACCACGGUGACGAAACGGAAUCAUCCGAACUGGAAAAUGUGGGAGCCGCAAUGCCAUGUAUCACAUCCGAACCAUCUGUUUCGAGUGUAGCAUUGUCACAGUCAGACGAAACAGUUGGCGCAGCAGCCAAACCUAUCGUACUGCCCGACUAUUUAUUGGAUCAAAAUUCUAUGAAAAAAGUAAAAAAGCCGCAAAGUAAUCGCAUUUCAUUACAACAAUUGCAAGAAACAGCCAAUUUGCGUACUGCAAUUAAUAAUGCUGUAAAACAUGGCAUUUAUGUACAUUCGGCGUCUGAAGUGAAAUAUAAAAAUAGCCAACAAAAUAGUCGACUAAAUCAAGCGCCACCAUCGCCAAACCGUCGACCAACACAACAACGGCCAACCCAAUAUAAUCCUUUCCGGUCACAAUACACUACACCUCGGCCUCCACCACAGCCACAAUAUAAUACGCCACGACCCACACAUGCACCUCCGUCAUAUUAUUAUCCACAACAACCACCACAAUAUAGUCCUUAUCCACCGCCAUCGUCCGGAAAUUUUCCACCAAACUUUUCUCAAUAUGGUGAUUUCUUUAACAGUUUUUGGCAAAAUUUGGUUGGAGAUGCAGGACCACAAAUUGGUAGUGCACGUAGUGAUUUCUCAUAUGUUGAUAAGGAUUCAAAGAGCCCCAAAGCGUCACCUGAUGAAAAACUCAUAAAUCCAUUGCCGGGCGACAAUGAAUCAUCGAUGAAGGAAAAAAUCAAUCUAGGUGAUAAUGAUGACGAUGUGGUUGAAAAAAUGAUGGCCAAAGCAGCUCAGCAGCUCGCAAAUGAAGGUAUCGUUUCGAAUACGGUAGAAAGUUAUGCGAAUAGUGUAGAAGUUCCAUCGAUUGAAACGAAUCAGGUGAGAGAAGAAUUGAAUAUAACAUCGGUAAAAGAGGAUACGAGUUUUAAGAUUGGUGAAAAUGUACGCGCGUGGCGAACAUUACAACGCCAUAAACGAGAAUCACAUGCUCUGAUCGGUAUGACAAAUACAAGUAUUGUACUUGUUCAAGAGAAAAAUGGUGUUUACAAACUGAAAGUUGAAGUGCCAAUGCUAUCAAAGCCGACAUUUUUCGAAAUAUUUACAUUCUGGAAUCAAACUCAGCGUUCUAUUGAUGGCAUUGUAAUUGUGAGCAUACAAAAUGAACUGGUUUUUCUUCGGGUCAAUGAAGCAAUGGAUAAAAUGGAAAUCAUUUGGAUGUGGCCGACGAACAAUCUCCCAAAAUACCUGCAUCACUUUGUUAUAGAUAAUUCAGAUACGUUGUUGAUUAUAACCGAUCUGCAUAAUGGUUCGGCUGCCAGUUUAUAUCGAUUUGAUAUGAAUGAAGAGGUGUUUUUCUUGCGUCAAACUUUAUCGUUAAAAUCACGGGCACUAAAUAUGGCACUCAUUCAAAGUGGACAUGAAACGUUCAUUUGUUUUCCGCAAACAACACAUGCCGUCAUUUAUAAACAUGAGGAUUCACAUUUUAAGUAUUACACCAAAAUUGAAUCAAAAAAUGCGCGAAUUUUAUCGGGAUUCCAAAUGGGCGGAUAUUCAUAUUUAACAAUCGGUGGAAGACAUGCCAAAAUCUUACGCUAUCAUCGCGGCAAAUUUAUCGAUCAAACGAUUUUAUCGAAGAGUUGGGGUGACGUUGAAUUUUUUCUACCCGUUCCAGCACGUACGUAUCGUGAUGAUCUAAUUCUGUUCAUUCAACAUCGUAUCGACUAUGGAUCACAUACGAAUGCAUUUAUGGAAGCAUUAAUUUGGAAUGGUCACGCAUUUCAUCCGGCUCUACAAGUGCCGUGUUAUAUAAAUGGUCGAAUGUCAGAUUCGGGAAUCGCUUGUAUGCUUGAUGAAUACCGUGAACUGGGAAUUAUUGGUGCAACCAUGUUUCAACGAAAUCGGACCAUUUCGAUAUUGGUGCCUCGACAAGAUGCCCCAUCUGGUUUAUUCGAUUUAGAAAUUGAACUAUUGCCUGCUUCAUACACAAUGAACGAUCAUUUGCUUGAGCUUUUAUCUGAAGUUGUUAUUAUGCUUGAAACACGUAAUAACGUAUUGCUAAAGGCACGAGACGUAAUUAACAGCUUUCCAAAAGGAGCAAUGGAUGAAGUUACCAUUAAAAAUCAAACGCUCGAUACAAUUUAUACAAAAAAUAUUGAUCUAAGCAAUAUCGUUCCAACGGAGGGUAUAUUUUUGGGCAAUGAUCCGCUUACAAAGGAAACUGUCGAUGAAUUUUUUCAUGUUUUAAACGAAACAGAAACCAGUCUAAAAAUACUCGCAGAGCUAAAGCGAAAUAAACGAGAGGAUAACGAUGCCAGUGAGCAAUUGCAUUUAAAAUCAUUCAAUGUGAGCGAUUUGAAUGUACAAUACAUUAACGAUAUUCCAAUCGAUGAUUUUGUAUUUGUGGAAGACGGUAAUUUAAGUUUGGAUACCGUUGUAUUGGAUCAACCAAUCGACGCAGAGAUUAUUGAACGGUUGCAAGAAAAUUUUGCCAAUGCUCAACUUGGAUUAGAAACAACAACCGAUACAACAACUAUCAAAGGCGAUCUAACAUUCGAUGAAAUAAACGGAAUCCAGUGGAAAGACUUCAUCAAUCAAAUAAUUUUAAAACAUUUACCAAACACCGUCGAUGAUAUUGAAAUUAUUGGCGAUGUAAUAGCUGAAAGCGCAUUGUCUGCAAAUCAUUUGAACGAAUUACCAUUUCCAAAUGGUUACAUAUCCACGGAAACGACAGAGGAAAUUGUUGUAACUGGUCGCAAAGUUUUCAAGAACAGUUUAAUAACCGAAGCAAUGGAUUGCUUUGAAGAUUUCAAUAAAGUCGAUCUAUCAAGAGUUGUGACACUGAACGGUACACAAUUCAUUGGCGGCACCACUACCUUCAGAAAGUUGGAAGUUACUGAAUCUUUGGAGAUGGGUCCAAAUGCAACAAUAUCGGGUCGUCGUCUUGAUGAAUUUUUGUCAAAUCCAACAUUACAAGAAACUCGUCAAAUUAGUGCAACAGUUCAUAUAGAUACGCUUGAAAUCGAAGGGCCAAUCUAUGUUCGUAAUAAAAUAAAUGAUAUAUUUUUGGAUGAGGUCCUAAGCGAUAUAGUAUACAAACAUGAACCAAAUCCACAAAUCACAUCGUUCAAACGAUUCGGAACGGUACAAGCAGCCGAUAUUCGACUCACAGCGGAUCUUAUCAAUGGCACACCAUUUUCACAAUUUGUUACCACUGACACAAUGCAAACGUUUAAUGUAAGCAAAUUGCGUGGUAAUGUGUAUUUUCAGCGCUUGAAUUUAGACGGUUUAUUCAAUUUCAUUAAUGUUACGGAAGUGGAUAUGAAUUCGUUGAAGUUGUUUGGUGAACAAUACACUGAUGCUGAACUUGUAUUUGAGGAUGGUGAAUUUUUGAGCAUAGAUGCCACUCAAUUGGAUGUUUUGGAAACUGUAAAUAACAUCGAUGUGCAUGACUUUAUCGAUAUUGAUGGGGAUUUCGAAUUGACUGGCAACGUAAAUCUCAAUAGUUUGCACGUCAAUGAGUUGAUCGUAAAUGGUGUAAUAAAAGGCAACAGACAAUCUUUAAUCAACGGUUUCCAGUUAUCCGACUUGAUUCGAUCACAUUUCAGCAAGAAUCAUCGGCAGAAUUUCACGAAACCAGUUUAUAUACCGAAAGCAGUGUUACGAAAUGGCGUCAACAUAAGCCAAUUGAAUGGCUACGAUUUCGAGACAAUUGUAAAAAAUCUGCGAAAUUUUGAAACAAAUGAACAAAUGCUCAAUGGGUCACAUGUCGAUAUCAAUCAAAUGUUUGUCAAUGGAAGUAUUCUAUUGAGCGAUGUAAACGGUUAUGAUUUUGAAGAGGUCAAAGCGAACGUAAUACCUUUGGAUCAAACAAAUAAUAUUGAUUUGCCGAUAACAUUUUUGGAUCCAAUUUUUGUGAAUGGCAAAUUGAAUAUAAUUGGUCUGCAUGGUGAAAAAAAUUUCAACGAUUUUGUCAAUAAUUUAGUACGUAAAUCAGCCAAAAUGAAUAGAAUUUAUGGUACAACCAUUUUUAAUGAAGAUGUUACUGUGAGCAACAAUGCUAAAGUCACUACAAUUAAUGAAAUUCAAGUAGAUCACAUACUGACGAAAAAUUUUAAUCGAGAAAUUCUCAAUUCGAUUCGAAUUAUUGGCGAUGUAACCAUUCCAAAUCUCAAUGUUAAAGGUACGCUGAAUGGUGUGUCGGGUGAGAGGCUAAGUAAUUAUAGCUUUAAUCAACAAACCGCAUCAUUUACAUUGAAGAAUGAUGUAUUUUUCAAUCAAAGCAUUGCCAUUAAACAUUUCUAUGUGCAAGGUGGCUAUAAUGACAUCGGAAAUAUACAUGAGCAUUUAAAAGGCAUCAUUCGAACCGAUCGACCAGCAAGAAUCAUCGGUACAAAAACAUUUAAGAAUUCAGUUAACUUUGAAAAUGGAAUCAAUAUUAACAAAUACAAUGGGAUUGAUGUUCAGAGGUUUUUGUCAAAUGUCGUAUUAAUCGAUCAACUCGAACCGGUUGACAUUUAUUCAGAUGUUGUAUUUGCAGCACCUGUUAUAGCACCACGAAUGAAUAUUACAGGAGAUAUAACCACCACAUCAAUAAACAAUAUUACAGUUGCCGAUUUGGUUCAAAAUACCAUCCGAAUCGAUAAACCAUUCAAUUUUGAUGGCACAGCCACCUUUCCGGAAGGCACAUUUGAAUCGAGUAAUAUAGACACACAUCGCUUAAAUGAGCAUCCCGUUGAAGAAAUUUUCACAUUGAAUACACCUCAAGCAUUUGAUAAACCAGUUCAUUUGAAUUAUGUUUACUCUACUGUACCAAUCAAAACAAGCGGACUCGUCUCAGGAUAUGAUUUGCCGAAAGAACGUGCAAAUACACUCAUGGUGUAUGGUACGCAAAACAUCUCAAUACCGACCAUUUUUCAAUCGGUACGUGUACUAUCAAAACUUGAAACUGCUGGAUUGGUUAAUGGUCGUGAUAUAAAAUUGGCAGCAUCACUAAAAGGCAAUAUCAUUGUUGACUCGCCGUUAUCAUUUGGUUCGGUUGCGGUCGACAGGCUCUAUACCAAUGACCUUAUAUCGGGCAUAAACUUUGAUAAGUGGUAUGAAAAUUCAUUUCUACGAUUUAAACAAACACCACAAGUAGUGACUGCGCCAUGGCUGAUUAAACAUGCUGCGGUUGACAUAUUGACCGUGGAUCAAGGAAUGAACGGCAUGGAUGUAAAUCAAUUUAUAGGAAAUUUAGAUCAAUUUCAUAAGCAACAUCAUGAAAUAUUCAAGCAUAAGUGCCAAACGGCAAAAGAGUUAAUUCAAGAAACCCAAAACAAUCAAUUUUUCCUGUCACAUUUUUCCUCAGCAUUCACGAUUGACACACAAAAUGCAAUCAAUUCGAUUUAUUUAUUUGCCUUCUUCGAUCACAAUUACAUGUUGAUAAAUUCUGGAUGUGAAACAAUGGUGUAUGCAUGGAAUAUGGAAAAUAAAACCUACAACUCGGUUAGUACAUUGAACACCGGUGAUGUUUAUCAAUGGAUCCAUGUUUUAGAUCCGGAAAAUCAAUUGUUUUUGAUAAGCAACAAUGAUGGCUCAAUUGAAUCAAACUGCCCAUUUUCUGGAGCAUUUAUUUGGAGAUUUAAUCCAAACGAUAAUCAACUGAAACAUGCUGUACAGUUCGGUGAAAAUGGCGAUUAUCGAUCCAUGCAAAUGAAACCAAACAGUCAUGCACUCUUUUAUGUCAUUCGAAACAGUGACAGCCACGUGGUUGAGUAUAAUUUAAGAGGAGCUAUCGUCUCCGAAUGGAAUCAGAAUGCUGAUGGUGCAUCUGAACCAUCACUUACAGAAUCCGUUCGUUUUGUGCCCGACGAAGCACAACUUGGCUUAGCACUGUCUGAUGGGAAGCGGCUAUCUAUGUUAAAUGAAUGCAAUUGCACGGAACGCACAAAACGUUGUUUACUUGUCCAAAUUACCGGUAUGGAUUUAGAGAAUUAUAGAGCUGAACGUCAAAAAAAAAUCGAAAAAACGAUGGCACAACUACGAAUGAAUUUGGAAAAUUGUCGCGAAUUUUUGCGAUCACUUUUAAUAUCAAAUAAAGUGAAUCUACAAACUGGUGUCACAUUUUCUCAACUAAAUCAAUCUAAAAUCGAUAAUUUACGGGAAAUUCUAAGUGAAUCAAAUGAACAAAUGGAGCCAAUUUUAUCAAGCAGUCAUACACAGUGUAGUGAGGCAGCUAUAGUGAAGACAUCAAUGUCUUCCGAUGAAACUACUUCGACCAAAGCAAAAACGGUUUCUAUUCAUCAAAAUGAAAUGCCUACUACCACCGAACCCACACCAAUGUCACACAAUCAAAAUAUUACUCUACAAAUAGAUGGAAAAUUCAUUGCAGAUCUUAUAGAUGCAAUGGACGAAGUCAUUGCAACAAAUAAAAGUUUUGCAACGAUCGCAAAAUUAAAUGUAACCGAUCGAGAUGAAACCGAUCAAAUAAAUGUCAGUUCAACCGCCAAUCUUGUUGAUUUGUUUGACUUAUUUUAUGAAGUUCUUAAAGAAAAUCGAAAGAAGCAUAAACAAGAAAACCACGUGGCCAAUGAAUCUGAAAAUGUUGCUUCGCAAUUGAACACGGCUGAAGAAAAGCAAAUAAUGAAUGACUCGUUAGUUUUGAAAGAGAUGCUGUCGGCUUCAAAUGCAACCAAUCAAAUGGAUCCGAAGGUUGGUACUCUCUUUGGAAUGUUUAUGUUGGAGAAAACUUUGUCCCAUACUAUAGAUCGCGUGUCCAAAUUGAUGCUUGGUAACGAUAAUGAUGAAGAGAAUGCCGAUGGUCAAAGAAGUGGACUUUUUGGUUUACUCGGUUCACCGCAUAUAAAUCUCACCAACGAUAUUUUAAAUACGAUUGAAGAAGUAAGAACCACAUCCAAUUGCGAAGACGAGGAAGACGUUGAUGAUGACUCAAUAGUGGGAGAUCAAUUUGGCGAUAUAAUGUUUAAGCUGGAACCGUUUGCAGAUCAAAUAAUUGAUAAAAUUGUUGAUGAAAUUCGUCGGAGAAAUCAAACGGCACGAUAUGCGGUAGUAGAUUCAGCACAUGAAGAAGUGAUUAAAAAGGAAAAUGCUGACAAAAUCUUACGAAAACAUGCCAGCCCUAUGUUGAGUGCAGUAGAUGUUUUGACAAUUAUGGAAGUGAUGGAUGCGAUCGAUACGUCAAUGAAUCAAAGUAAAAGUGACGAAACUAUGGUUGGUUCUGCAGCAAAAUUAGUCGAUUUGAUGGAUUGGGCUGAGCGAAUCUUGAUUGAAAAUCGCGAAAAUCAUCGAAAAAAUGAAGAUUAUUCUGAUCACCAAGGCGAACAUGAAAACAGUUAUAUUCUUGGAACGACGAUGAAUCGAAAUGAAUUGAAUCAAGCGAUGAAUGAUUCAUUGAAUGUGCAUAAUUUAUUUGCAAAUAUUUCCAGUGAACCAUCACCAAAAGUAGGUACACUUUUUGGAGCAUUUAUGAUAGAUAAAUCACUUGCGUAUACCAUAAGCAGAGCAGCCGAUACAUUUUUCCAACAAAACCAAUAUGAUGAUGAUGAAGAAGAAGACGAUGAAAAAGAACAUAUAUUGGGAUUGAAACAGGAUAUAUUUGAUGGGCUCGAAUCACCACAUCACGUAAACACCGAUCCAGUGGAGCACAUUUUAAAUUUGAUAUCGCUCGCUGAAAACCUAACAAUGGAAUUCACUUCAAGUGAAACGCAUUCUGAUCCAAGUCUUGGCGAUGUCAUUGAUCCGGUAUCCGAUAACAUUUUGAAUAAAGUUAAUUAUGAACUCCAAAUGAGACAAUACGAUCAACAAAUGCUUGGAUUAAAUCAGGAAGAUCCACGAGUAGGAGAUCAAUUUGGAGAAGUUUUAUCUAAAUUGACUCCAUUCGCUGAUAAUAUAAUUGAUCAGGUUGUUGAUGAAAUUAGGAGAAGAGAAUCUAGCCCGGUCCAAAAAAAACCAUUUCCGUAUAAUCGUGAUCAGAAUAGCUAUGAUGACCAAUUUUUGUUACAAUCUACGCAUAAUGAAGAUGCCGGCGAUGAAGAUGACGAUGAAGACAAUCGUAUAACAUCACAGAUGUCUGGAUUUUUCCGAAAAAUUGGCCAAUCAAUGGUUAAAGUUUACUCGUUUGGCAAAGAUCAUUUGGACAUUGAUAGCGCCGCAGAUGCGGCGAAUGAUCUAAAACAACUUGCUAUAGAAUAUAUUAAAGACUAUGUAGAAGAUAAUGUGAAUAAUAAUAAAAGCUAUGGUGCGCCGGAAGAAACCGUUGAUGAUAAAACACUAGAAAAAGAUCAGCCAAACGUAGAUUCAGUACAGCAAACGCAAAGUAAAUCGAAUUUAUCUUCAGAUAGUCUACGGAAAGUAACCACAAAUGAGAAUCCAAAAGGACGAGAAUUUGUUAAAUCAUUCGUCGUUGAAAUGUUAAAUUCGCUUGUACGUAAAACCACGACUGAUCAAACGAGUGACUCAGCCUCGACCUUCUGGCCAAUGAUCAAAAACGCCGUUAAAGCAUUAUUCGAAAUGAAUCAAAAUAAUACGGAGCUCGAUAAAAACCAAGAUAAAUCUAAAGAACAUCAUUUGGUUUUGAAAGAAUUGAUGCACAAAGCGGGUCAAGUAUCUAAAUUUGUAGAGAGAAAACAGUCGGAAAUGAAUUCAGCCGAUGAAAUGGUCGGAUCUACAUUGAAUGCAAAGAGUGUGGAUGACAAAAAAUUUGAAGAUUUAUUCAACAAAUUUACACCAUUAAUUAAUUUAUUGUCAGAUAGAGUUGUUAAAAAAUUACUGAACGCAAGAAGGGAACAACGUAAAAAGGAUGUAGAAGAACCUCUCAGUGAGUCGCUGGUCGAUAUCGAAAGUAAUCGAAACGAAGUGCACGAGGAAAUUAGAUUCAAAUGUUCACAAAAUUUAACUAUGGAAGAGUUUGCACAAAAAUUGGAGGAAUUUAAACAACAAAAUCCGAAUAUGUUUUCGUGGAUGGAUACAAUUAGAAAUGCCAAAGAUGAAGAUGAAGAUUCGCCGACAUUAGAAGCAGAAAGUACCAAGCAAAUUGAAGCGACCGUAAUUAAAAUACCGGAUCAUUCGCUUCCAACGCAUCAAAAUAAUGAAAUUAUUGCCAUUCGAGUUGGUUCCACACAACAACUACUAAUUGCUGUAACAUCGAUCACGGAAAAUACAAUUAAAAGUGACCAUGAUCGAAUUCAGAUUUUUGAAGAUUUCACUAAUGGGAAAUUGUUCCAAACAAUAUCAUGCUAUAAACCAAGAAGUCUAAUCACAUUCAAUAUAAAUAUGGACACUAUUUUGGCAUUUGUUCAAGAUGAGUUUGAGGUCAAGACAUACAUUCUUCGCGGUACUAUUGGAUUCGUCGAAUUUACGUCAUUCAAAAUGCCAUCACCCAUAAAACAAAUGAUUCACAAUGAAAUUAUGACUCACUCAUCGCAAUCUUUGUGCCCGGAACACUUUUUGGUACUCGUAAUGGAAAAUAAAAUCGAAUUUAUGACAGCUGUAACAAUUGGAGACUGUAAAAUCAAUGAAAAUUUAAAUUGUUAGCCAACACAUGAUGGCAAAAAAGUCAAAAUCGAUCUCAA